AUGUCACUUGCUAUAAAGCAAGAUCCAAUAGCCCUGAUGGAAGUGCUUGACCUGUUAGUCAAGGACGAGGUCACCCAACUUUACAAUCUCAAGCAUUCGCUGCCCUCCUCGCCAACAACUAAGCAGCCGAACCGGAAACUCACCGAUCGUCUCUCCGCUUUCCGAGUGAACGUUGCAAUGUUCAUGGAUGAGUAUAACAUCACCAUACCGUUGCUUCAAUCUCUCACAUAUACUGUCUCUGGAGUUGUUGCACGCGCUGCACUUGCGGCUGACUUUGGGAAAGAUGUUAUUUUCGACUUUGACAUCAAGGAAAAUUCCCACGAAAUGCAGAUCAAUGUUAACAACGUGCCUCGAAGCAUCUCACUUCUUCAGAUUCCGCCAACUAAUGGCCGUAUCACAAGCCACAUGGGAGAAGGCGAGCAUGAUGUUACCGUAUUCGCCUCUGUAGAAGUGAUUCGACUUGAUGCUUCCGCUGUCUACAGCUUACUUAGGGCACUGAACAGACCUGAGAUAUCAAGCACCAUCAACGAUGUUCAGGAGCAGGUGAAGAUGAUUCAAGAACAUGUCAGCGAAGUCUUCGGACAGCGGGAGUCGCCGCCAAUUCAAGAGGAGCAAAAUGCUUCAGACGACCAGAAAGAGCCAUUGAUAUACCUGGUUCAUGCCACCGUUGCUGGCCUUGAGGUGUUUGCCAAUUCCCCCAUCAAGUCGGAGGACGAGCCCAUGGCACACAUCUUGUUCUGCCUGGAGAGAGUUCAUUUGAGAGUAGCAAACCGCCUGGAGCCUGCAGCGCCAGUUCUCUCCUACCCCGAAGUUCACAUCAAUCUUCGUCAAAUUUCAUUUGCAAUACAAAAAGGGAACGAGGAUGCACGCAGAACUUGCGGUAGUCUUGGUUUGGGGGCAUUGAUCACUGCAACCUCAAGCCUCAAUGCAGAGCACACAGAGGAGAGGUGGUUCAAUAUCUCCAGCAACGGGUUUGAUGUCAUGGUUUCUCCUGAGACGAUUUCUACCGUAGUAGAUGUGCUGGGUUACAUGGGCGACAAGAUUAAGGAUCUUGAUACUUCUCGAGAGCUAGAGUAUCUCCGAAAACUGAGGCAGUCGAGGCCAAAGAUUGCUAUCAAUGACCAGGAAGAAGUAGAGGCGGACUUACUUGACUCUUUCUUGUCAUCUAUCAGGUACUCUCUUGAGAUCCGGAACAUACAACUCAGCUGGCUUGUUCUUGGCCCAACCGAGGAAGCCUCCUCUGGAAAAGAAGAUCUCAUUGUGUCUUUGCAAAGAAUUGAAUUCGGUACAAGGACAAGAAACUCGGCAGGGUUGACAAUAGAGAAUCUGCAAGUCCAGAUGGUCCCACCAGGCCAGGAGAAGAAAAUUCGAUCAGCCAAUUCCGCGCUGUUACCAGAAAUGAUAUUCAACAUCGCUUAUGUCUCAACAUCAGAUGCACGUCGGUUAGCGUUCCAAGCUGUUGGGAAGUCUCUAGACUUGCGACUCAACUCUGGUUUCAUUAUACCUGCCGACAAUCUGUAUGACUCUAUCAGACUGUCUCUGAAGAACGUCCAGCAAGCCUCUCAGAAAUGGAACCCACCGCGGCCUGCUUCUACAGAAACCACUGCCAAGACCUCGGAUGAGCCACGAAAAUCAAUGCUUGGAAGCAAGCGACUGGAGUCGUUUCUCAUAGACGCAGAUUUUGCUGGCGCAGUGGUGUAUCUAUCUGGCAAGAAGACACCCGAAGAUACCUAUGGACAUUCUAUCUCAAGAGCUGCCCGCAUCGCUUUAGCUGGUAAAUAUGGCCAAUUUACUCCAGACGACACUGGAAGCAGCACUGCUCUGAAAACCCCAGGUCUCGCUUUCAAGCUCGAGUACAGCGACAGCGGCAGAGAUGACCCAACACUCUACGGCGAAGUCAAGAUUGAUGCAUCAAGUAACAUCCUAUAUCCAUCUGUCGUUCCACUAAUCAUGGAUAUGACGUCCAGCAUCAAGGAAGUUGUCAGUGACGAGUCAGAUCGCGACAGUACUAUUCAACCUCAAGAAGUAUUGGCAAAGGCAAAGGCAGUGCAAGAUGACUAUAUCCUUACGGCUGAUCCAAGUGCUGUAAUUGGACGUCUGAAACUCAACCUCGGCCUACGAAUUUGUCGGCAAGAAUUCACCCUUAGUUGUCAACCUAUCGCAAGAGUAGCAGCGACUGCCAGCUUUGAGGAUGUUUAUUUCACUGUCAACACCGUUCACUCCACCGAACAAGGCAACUUCUUUGCAAUAUCAGGGGCAUUCAGCAAACUACAGGCCUCGGUGCAGCAUGUGUAUUCCAGAGAAUCCACUGGCAAUUUCGAGGUUGAUUCGAUUGUACUCUCUCUGAUGAACAGCAAACAUGUCAGUGGUAUCAGCGGCGUUUCGGCAAUUCUUAAAGUGAGCCCAAUGAAGGUCUCCAUCAAUGCAAAACAGCUGCAAGACUUCUUGCUCUUCCGUGAAAUCUGGACUGCACAUGAAACGCGUCGUCACCCGACGACACCUGUCGCGAAGCUGGUUACGGAGACUUCUCAAGGACACCUGGUCCAACGUUACCAACAGGUAGCUGCAACUGCUGCGUUCCCCUGGACGGCAACAGUCUCAAUAACCGCUCUUGAGAUCAAUGUGGAUCUCGGACAGGCAAUUGGCAAGUCAGUUUUCUCAAUCACCGACUUCUGGGUAUCCUCGAAGAAGACUUCGGAUUGGGAGCAAAAUCUGUGCCUCGGUUUCCAGAGGAUCGGUGUUGACAGCACUGGUCGUAUGAGUGGCUUUGUGGACAUGCAAGACUUCAAGCUCCGCACUUCCAUUCAAUGGCCGGAGCGAGAACAAGCGCUGAACGAGACACCGAUGGUCCAAGCCUCGAUCGGCUUCAGUCAAUUCAGAGUCAAGGCCGCGUUUGAUUACCAGGCAUUCCUUGUCGCGGACAUCACAUCUUUAGCGUUCCUGAUGUAUAAUGUUCGGCGCACACACGAGAGUUCAGGAGACCGUUUAGUAGCGAUAUUCGACAGUGAUGCUGUUCAGGUCUUUGGGACGACAACUUCGGCCGCACAGGGAGUUGCCCUCUUCCAGGCUUUCCAGAGACUCGUCCAAGAGAGGAAAGCUAGUUUCGAAACCUCUCUUAGGGAGAUUGAGAAGUUUAUGAAGAGGAAGUCUGUCGCUUCACCUGCCGUUAUACAAAGGCUAAGUCUGCCCAAAGAAGCAGCGGAUGACGCCUUAUCUAAAUCACCUAUCUCGCUUGACACGGAUGUUGUCGUGACUCUGAAAGCUUUGAACUUGGGUGUAUUUCCGAGCACAUUUUCAGACCAUCAGGUGUUUAAAAUGGAGGCGCUCAACGCUCAAGCUCGAUUUGCUGCAAGCAUGGAGAAUCCACGCGUUCACAGCAUUCUAGGCCUCACACUUGGUCAGCUCAGGAUUGGACUCGCAGGAGUGAGACACAUUGAAGCCCCCAAGACGCUUAGUGAACUCUCGGUUGAGGACGUAGUACGAAGUGCGACAGGUUCCCGUGGUGGCACAAUAUUGAAGGUGCCGAGGGUCGAAGCCAUCAUGCAGACGUGGCAAGCGCCAAAUUCCAGGCAGAUUGAUUAUAUCUUCAAGAGCGCAUUUGAGGGCAAAGUUGAAGUUGGGUGGAACUAUAGUCGUAUUAGCUACAUCCGGGGCAUGUGGGCAAACCAUUCGAAGUCCCUGGCCCAGACCUGGGGCAAGGAACUGCCCCUUGCGCAUAUCAAGGUCACAGGCGUGCCGGAGCCUGAAGAAAAUGGAGGCAAAGAGGGAGAGCAAGGCAAAAUUACUGCUGAAGUUCACGUGCCGCAGUCGAAAUAUGAGUAUACGGCCUUGGAACCUCCGGUCAUUGAGACACCACAACUCAGGGAUAUGGGAGAAGCGACACCACCGCUUGAGUGGAUUGGUCUUCAUAGAGACAGGCUUCCUAACCUGACCCACCAGAUCGUCAUCGUCAGCUUACUGGAAUUGGCUGGGGAAGUUGAGGAUGCGUAUAGCAGAAUUCUGGGUUCGUCGUAG